CGAGAGAGCAUGUUAGCUCACUUAUCGAUAACAAUGUGUCUCCGCCUUAACCGAUCUGGCAAAAUCAGCUGUUGAAGUCCAGUAAUUGUAAACAAACACUGUGAAAUCUAUAUAGGAAUUAACCAAUUAAAGUUGUGGCUGAAAAAAUGAGUCUUGGUGGUAGAAACCGAGGUAUUUUAGAUAAACCCCUUAGCAGAGGCAAAGGCGAGAUUUCCCUAAGUUGCUACGCCUUGUUGUUUUCUGAAGUAGUUCAAUAUUGUCAAAACAAGUCCCAAACUCUUACAGACUUACAAAAUCGUUUGCAUGAUUUGGGCCGCAGAGUGGGUGUGAAGCUUAUUGACAUAUAUUUUGUUAGAGAAAGGAAUGGUAAAAGAGAAACGAAACUCCUAAGCAUCUUACUAUAUGUUAAAUCAACAUUUUGGAAGGCUUUAUUUGGAAAAGAAGCAGAUAAACUAGAACAUUCCAAUGAUGAUGAAAAUACUUACUAUUUAAUGGAAAAAGAACCGAUUGUCAAUAGGUUUAUAUCUAUUCCUAGAGAUAAAAGUAGCUUGAACUGCGCGGUUUUCAUUGCUGGCAUCAUUGAGGCUAUUUUGACCGGAACAGGUUUUCCGGCCAAAGUUACAGCCCACUGGCACAAAGGAACAACUUACAUGAUAAAAUUUGAGGAAUCUGUCGUCGGCAGGGAUAAUCAAAUGGAGGAUAGAUAAUAAUUAAAAUAAAAUUUUAAACAGUAAA